CACGUCGGUUCAUUUGCGUCCAAGCUUCAUUGGGUCACAUUGCACAUAGAAACCGGCAAAGAAGAAGGAAAGCUAUUUUCACGUUAAAACACAGGUUAGAGUGCUAUUAUUUUCGAUUCUCAGUGAUGGAGUUUGUUGAGCAUCGAAGUGUUGACUUCUUUGUGAGAUAUUUCUCACUGCUUUAAGUAUUCCGUUUUCGCCAGCUGUACUCUUUUUAUGGGUUUUAUAGCUCAUUUGCGGACUAAAUUAAACUAAAUUAAACCGUAUUGGAGAAUACCCCUUUUGGAUAGCUUAUGGUAUAACUUCAAAAAUUAGAUGCUAACAAAAUGCUUUCUUGUCAGAUUUGCUAUAUGGCGGCGAUUGCGGUAUUCCUGCUUUGUUUAUAAUACAAACUAAUCGGUGCCUGCUUGUGUGGUUAAUCAGCUGUUUUUUCUUAUUAAAAGGAAACAAGUUCUUGUCAAAUGCUAAGGGCCGCUUAUUGACUUUCUAAAUACCAUGAUAGUGCUGGCCCACGCCUUUACUUUACGUGCGCGGUGAAAUUUAAACACCCGUUUUAGAAUCUCCAUUUCGCAUUAACAGAACAGUUAUAUUUGACUUACACACCCCAGCAACACCCCUAAAUAAGACUGUUAUCAUUGAAAGACUUCGCUCGCAUUAGCAAUUGCGUUGGUAGCAACUUUGCCUUUUUUUUUCAAUUGUGCACAUUUACACGCAUACAGUAUUUCUCGAACACUCUGGAUUUUGUCACUGCCGACCUUGGCAAUGGACAUCACGGUGAGUGUUCAGGACUGUAUUUGUAAAGACACCUGAGUUAAACGCCACAGACUUAACGCAUUUUCGCAUUGGCAUCCGGCUGUAAAAAAGGUGAAUGAUUUUCAGCAGCAUAAUGAACUCGGUUUAUAAAAUGCAACUACUGUGUCCUGAGAAGACAAACCGGACAAAAGCUUUUAUGACCGUUGGACUGUAUUUUUCAUUUCGCUUUUCGUUUGAUCAUAAGACAUCAAACAUGAUCGAAGGAAGAUGGAAUAGGUGGUUUUCACGUUACGUCAUCGCCGCCAUGCUGGUGGACGGUAAACAAAAGAUCGCUCAUUAGCUCGCUUUGUUUGUCCACCAGCAUUUGUUCAUUUCACCAUUGUUAUUUGUGUCUCUCGAGAUUGCAUGAAAACCACCUAUAAUUACUUCAGUCUGGUACAUGUCUUUCAUUAUUCUCGCCCUUUCACUCAAAUGCACGUAUUCAAAGCCAAUCUUGCUUAGGUCACGUUUUAUAUCGUGUGGAAACCUUGUAAAACCGACGAACUUUGGAAACAUUCAUCACGAAUGUCUGAGAAGAUACAAGUUCAUUUUACGUCAAAAGGACGGCUUUUGAAAUUUGUUUUCAAAGAAAAAUUUUACACACAGAAAAUAAAUUUAUAGUAAUUAUGGGUUGAAAUUGUAAAGAAUCUUGAUGUUACUGGUUUACGUGAUUACUUUCUAUCUUUGUUAUAUCGGAUUAUUCAAGUGUAUUUAUUAGCAAAGCAUAUAAGUUAAUUUUGGGUGACAAAACAAUGCGCUGACCUUCUAACACGUGUAAUUUGUCUGAGCAUUCUAACAUUUUUUUAGCCGUCUGGAGGUCAUUAUCACUUUCGGUUUCUUCAGUCAAGCCCUGGGUUUGUCCAAAAGAAUAAAAAGAGGGGUAGCAAGUUGAUUCAUUAAAGUGGAACACCUUGGAAUAAAGAAUUUGCAAAGAACUGGAUUUUUAACGUUUUUAUAAUAGGGGUACGUUCUAUCGACGUCCUCUUUCGAACAUAUAUACAAUAUUCAGUUUGGGAGAUACUAUUGCCAUGCAAUACCUACUGUUUUAAUGAGUAGUAGAUUGCUAUUCUAAUUUUUAAGGAGCGAAAAGAACAAGAAAACAAAAUUCUGGGUGAAGUUAUCCAGUUGUCUAAACGAAUUAUCGAUCACUUAAGCGCCCCUAGGCACCCCAAAGAGACGACGAAAAGUUGAAUUUAUUUUUGGCCUUUUCUUCAAUUGUCUUAAUUUUGGGGUUUCCAUAGCAUGGAAAUGUCACAAAAGAAUUUGCUUUAGGGCCUUACAAUAAUCUGACGAACAUCUCAUCUAUUUUCUCCCAACACAAUCAAUACAUCAUUAAUGAAAAAGAUUAUGAGAACUUAUAAAAUAAUCACCAAAGCUAGUUAUUAAUGUUUUGAUCUUUUAUCAAAUUCUCUCAAGUAAUUCUUUAGCAGAAUGUAUGGAUAUCGGUCUGGAGAAUUUGUUAGUGGAUAUCGGGCCUUAAAGACCUUGAAGCAGGUCUAAAGGAUGGAAUCGCCUUCUAGUCUCCUUCCCUUUUGUUAAAAAGGUGAUAAUUAUGAUAUCUAAAUGCUCGGUCGGGACAGUAGCUUCUAAUCCUUUCAUUAUCGCAGUAUCGGAUGAAGCAUUAGAGUAUCGGAGAAAUGAAGGUGGGUGAAAGAUGCCAAAUAUACGGAUGGCUGACGCCCUCCAGCAAAGUAGACCAGACACGAUUUCUGAACUCUCCCUUGUAAAUUGUAAAAAAAAAUUGUAAAUUGCGUUUUUACCCAAGGAAAUAGGAGACGUCUGCACGCAGGCAAUUACCCACGAAGCACUUAAGAGUUCAUAUGAACUGGUUUAAAGGUGUCCGUGCGUUCCAGAUCGAAUUGGAUUUUAGAAGUGUUGGUUUUUGAGGAGAGAGGAAAACCAGAGUACCCAGAGAAAAACCUCUCUGAGCAAGGGAGAGAACCAACAACAAACUUGCCGACUAUCGUCCUCUACGCUUUUAAGAAAAAAAGAGCAACAACAUUAACGACAACGCACAAUGACUCUUUAUUUCAAUCACAGGUUUAGGCCGUAGUCUCUGAUCUUUGAUGCCCCUAAAUAGCUAGGUCAGUCAAUUUUAGCAAUCCUAUCACUUGAAAUUGAGAAAUUAAUUAACAACACAACAGAAAACUGGCGUCUGGGUGGGCAAAAUAAAAUGGAUCAGAUUAAAGCGAAAUGCUUUUAUGUAAAGUCGAAAGAGUCUGCCACCGCCUUUUGAAAUGCAUCUCUGUUCGCGAGAAAAGAAUAUUGAAUGACUGAUCAGAAAUAACAUCAUUUCCAGUUGAAGGGCUUAAAGUGAAUUUCAGCCACACAGGUACAAACAUUGUUAUCCCUUAAAGCCAUUACGAACUGAAAGCGCUCGUUUUUCCACUUUUCUAAUGACACUGUGGUACAUAUUGUAAUAAUAAAAAAGUAAUCUAUCUCAUUGUAUUCAGUUUUGUGUAAUGCAAAGUCGGAUCUAAUAAAUAAACCCGAGACUUUGAACUCCACUCUUGAGGCUAACCUCACGCGAAUGCUUCAUAAUGGUUAUUUAGUCUGACUAAAACAUCUUCCUUCAGUCUUAUAACCAAUCAACUAAACGAAGGGUAGUUGAAGGGGUGUAAAAUUUAUGAGUUUGAUGGCUAUUGCUUUAAUGAGAAGUUUCUCUAUUUUCAGCAUCAAGGAAAUCACCCUCAAUUCCCCAGUUACUCACAUUGUUCUUUUCAAUUAAAUCGUUCAAAUCCCCUAGCAUAGCCCCAUGCAAUUUCUUUCCCCAUGCCCUGGAGCUAGCAGAGUAUAUUUAGAGACGAUAUUUUGUUUCUAUGGAGAAAGUGGGGGUGGGGAUUAUGAGCUAAGCCACUAAACAGAGCGCCCUAAAUAAGCUUAAGCUCCUUUUGGAGAGAGCUGUUUUAGCGUGCAGGAACAGCUAUGGACUUGAGAACAAAGUUUUAAAAUGAGUAUCCGAUAAGGUGUUACGUUGGAACUUCCUUUGGUUUGGUCGAAAACAAAUGAUGCGGAAAAACACCUGAUUUUGAAAUGAAUGAGAUAUAUUAUUGGCUAAUUGUACGACCCUACCAGUAAGUUUGAAGAGCUUCUCAGUCUCUUGGGAUAGGGCGGCUAGACCAGACGUUUUGAACUUCAGUUUUCGUCGUAUAUUAUUUGUAUUGAGGACCGCCGGCAAUUGUAAAUACUUACAGAGUUUGCAAAGCAUUACAAUAGAACGGAUAUGUACGAGCACGUUUGUCAGAAAUUCCUGUCGAGCUUAUAACACACAAGUGAAUAGUGUUUUUCGCGUGCACUGAUUGAAUAACUAAGAGGUUAAUAGCAAAGUACUUUUCACCUCCGAGCUGCCGAGGAGAAACGAUAGGAACUGCACUUUUUUCGCUAAUUACAGAGUACCGGAUCGGAGAAAAUUGGAAGUAGUUCGUUUCGUUCUUAUUUGAUCACGUGAGUUAACAUGUGAAUGUGUGCGGUCAUGAUAGGCAUUCCCAAGCUUGCAUUUUACAAAAAUAAUUAACAAUUUUUCCACGAGUGCACGUUGGAUAUGAAUUGGCUAUAAUCAUCUCAUAUCUUACAAGCGCGAGUGAAAUAAUUGUUUUAUUAAAAACACGCACAAAAUAUCUAGAAUUCUUCCCGACUUUAUUUGUAAAAACAACCGAUUUUCAGCUUGUCAGACGCGUACAGUUACAGUUACCAUAUCUGGAGAGCAUGGUAUAAUAGCUCAUUUACAAUUAUGGCUAAAUCAAUCAGAUCUCUAGAGUUCCAUUAUCCAAUGAUUCAGUUUUUAAUAUUGCUAGUUAUCCGCCUGUUAUUCAGCUUUUGUGACAUCUAUUAAAACAGUUAUUCACCUGAGUGUCUGUGAAAUUGAAAGUGGUUAGUAUUUACCUUGUCACUGUGUCACCCGGCCAAGAUUGGUUUCAACUAGCGAUUUAAUUCUAGUUUCCCCGUGGACGAUUAUCACUGCACCACCGGCAUCUGACACUCGUCGAGCAUUUAUGAAAUACUACGACAAUCAAGACACUUAUACAGCAAACGAAACCACCAAAGGCAUAUAAAGUCAUAUUCAUUGUUCAAAGAGUCAUUAGAAAUACCAUACCGCUCGGGUAACUCUAUCGUCUAAAGGUUUGCCUUCAUCUUUGACCUCAAUGACAAACUUGAAGCUAAAGGUUACGGCUUGCGAGAACGUUUUCAUUAUUUAACUAUUUUAUUAGUGGUUUAUGAAGAUAAGUUGGUCGUAAUUCGCAGUCUGAUUACCUGGUGGCUUUGCAUCGUAGUUAGUGAUACAAUGUACGAUAAUCACCUGGAAAUCAGGGGCACCCAGCGACUGUUCUGUGAAAUAUCUGUUCGGAGAAACAAAAAUUGCCUAGAGUUUUUUACAACUUGAGGAGGGCUAAAAAUUCUAGAUGACCCUUCCAUUCACGUACAAUUUUCGAAGUCCCUACGAUUUUCUGAAAUCUAAUUUUCCCAUUUCACUCCCCAGGUUAGGCUUUUUUUUUUUUUUUAUAGAGAAAGGAAACCUAAAAUUUUCGGAAUCGAAAAUGCCAUGCAGAGAGGAAUCAGAAAAAACUAUCACUUUAGUAAAACUUUAAAUUGCAGCUAAAAUUUUCGGGAAAAUAAUACUGAAGCCCUUGUAAUUUCGAAAAGACUCAAGUUACCCUAGGAUGACCCGUAAAUUUCUUAACGCCACUUAGAGUACAUUUCUAGAGAUCUAAAAGUACUCUGGAUAGCCUAAAAAGUGUUUUCAGAGCAUUGAGGGGGAAACCGUCGUUGGAUGCCCCUGGGAAAUUCUGUGCCCUUACUUUCAUUUAUUUAGUCCCUCUUGCCAACUUAAUAAUCCCGAUUCACCGUCAAUUUCAAGGAUUUGUUGCUUUACCAAAUAUUGAUCUUGGAUACAGUCGAAGGAAAAUUCUCAACAUUCAUGUUUAGAAUUUCACAAAUUUCCGGCCUACUAAGCUGUUGCCGACAAAUAAUAAAUAACUGUUAAAAUCUGCUUUGUUGCUUAAUACGUAUAGGUUUUCAGUCCUUUCGAAGGUAAAAAGCCGCCAGCACUUGUUCAAAACCUCAUCCACGCCUUCUUAGUGGGAGCUUGAUAACCAGUUUCUUUGCUCCAGGAGAGCCGGUAGCAGCAUCCGUCAUAUAGAUGGUCAGUGAGUGAGGUGAAAAUUAACGAACUAACGGCCUCAUGCAAAACACUCAGUAGAUUUCCUUUGCAGAGAUUACCCUGGAUUAAUCAUUUAUAUCCUGAUCUUAUUAUGCAUCCACGGGCUGUAUACGUUACAGAAGUUUGGGCAGUUAAAGCAAUUAUUUUAGGGCGAGUCGUGUUUUAAGCUUUAGAGGGAAGAUCGUAAAAGGGCAACUCCACCCGAACAUAGGUGUGACGCACGGCCUCGUCAUCAAGUAAGAUUGUGGUCGUCAAAUCCGAUCAGUUUUUUGGACUUUCAUUAGCUUUGCUUCUCACUUACGUCCAGAUAAUUUCAAGACGGACCAAAGAAUAUCUCAUUGGCAAUAUCUUUAAAAUAAAUUGUUGACUGAUGAAAAAUAAUUGAUCAUAAUUGAUCUAGAGAGAGCAAACAAAUAAAGGUUAAAUAAAUGUGAAAUAACUAAGCUGAUAUGGCAGUCCUUUGUGCAACUGCUUGGAACUGUCCACAAAAUAUCGAUGCCUUUUAAAAAUCCAUCAUCCUCUACUUUCUAGCCAACAUUUGUUUUUGUAUCCAAACCAGUGUCGGGAGGUGGGGUUUGGAUGACACAUUUUAUAAAGAUGCUCAUCUCACUACCACGAGAGACCUGUAAUUAGAGAAUUACCUUUGAGCGAAGUGUCUAGAAAAUGAUGAUCGUCACGCUGCAGUUUAAUUUAGGAUUCCAAGAGAAAAUAUCGUCAAGUUUUAAACUAUAAAAGCAAAACAUAUAAAAUAUUGUAUUUUAUUCGACGAUACAUUAAGAAUCUGUGAGAAUGAAAACUUUAGUAACUCCCCACGGGCCUUUUAAAAAUCCAUUUCCUCUGACUUCAAAGCGGCUACUUACGAAGACAGCGUUCUAAACGCAUUUCCGGUUUUUGAAAGAGUUUUGGUUGGAUCAAUUUUAAACAAUUGACACCCCCACCGAGAAUAGGCCUUUAAAAGGUCGAAAGACUUCUACAUUGCCAUUGCGAGCUUUUCGGUCAAUCCUACAUUUGGUCAAUAUUACAACCUUGAAAUUCAGUGUUACUUACCUCGAGAAAAGGAUUGAGACAAAAAUAACUUCGUGAAGGUAACAUAUUUAUGUUCUAAAUUAAUGGCUCGUAUAUUUUCCAACUUUGACUAAAUUUGGAGUAGCACUUAUUUUGUUUUUAUGUUCUGAGCUACGCAGUGGUAAAUUGUAAAGUGUCAUGUCUUCUUCCCGAAGAUUAUACAGACAUUUUACAGUUUGACAGGCAGCUGUAAAGGACAGAGUGAUUACGAAGCAAAAUAACUUAAUUGAAGCACCAAUCUUGUUAAACAAGUCUUUCCAAUCAAUUGUGAGGGUAGCUGAUAGGACGGCUUUUCUUAGUAACAUUGAUUGCGUUUUAAGAGUUUUGUUGAUGCAGCUAUACUUGGCUUUAACGCCUUCUACUUACGCUAUUAGCUCUUAAUUCCUCGUUUGGCAGAUUAUUCACGUUUACAGGAAGAAUUUCCUUGCUUAUCUCCUUCUCUGUUUAUUUUUAUACAGUGAAUAUCAAAGACAUAAACAUGACGACUUCAAGAAGUAACUGGAUGAAACUUCUCAGCAUGAUGUUGGUAGUUUUACUCUUGCUUGAUGCUAUAAAUGCCAGGGUAUGUAAACAGGUCAACUUUUUAGUUUGAUGGUUUUAGCGAUGUGGCGUGUCAUUGCCUGUGGUCCAAUGACGAUAUUAAAGAAAAGCUCAUCUCCUUCUUAGACAGGAAUAUAAUAUCGCUAAGCAGGUUAAUGGUUGCUAAAUUAUCGGAAUAUGACAUACACGGAUUGGGCGAAUCUGAUCCCUUCCGAACUGCUGGUCGUUUUACACCAAACCGGAACAAAGAGACCUCCAAGAGCAUGAACCAGUGAUUGGAUAAAAAAUGAAAAUGUGCACGGCUGAAAUAGAAUUAAAUAAAAAGGUAGAAAUUGUGGUAGUCUGUUAUGUCUUCUCGUGGCAGUCCAGGUCUAACUUACAAGCAAUUACUUGUCUCAAUCUGAAAUUCCUGUUAAAUGCAAGUACCUUGAAAACUACAAAAACUGAAAUUGUUUUAAGACCCGAAAACAAAGUUCAGAAUAAGAACUAACAAAAACUUCUCAACAGCAACUCAUUUUAGUGCGAAGAGAAAUACCAAAUAUGCACAAAAAUCGACACAUUGGAAGAAAAUGGAAAUUGCUUGUUAUAUCUGCCUAAUACUAAGUAAAUUGUGGAUACUACAUUUAGAUUUGGCUUGAUUUUCGCAAAAUAAUGAACUGUCUUUUUUGCUGGGGUUUGUUUUUGUCACUGGCCAAGUGUUAGGAACUUGGAAAAUUUCCCUUGGGAAGCGAAAGGGCUCUUUCACGUUUUUCACUUAGACCCUUCAAAGUCGGAAAGAACGAAUCGCUCACUUUUAGGCCACACAUACACUCGUAUAAAUUAUAUAACAGAACCCAGUCGCAUGUGACUCAGCUUAACGAUAAAAUCACCUAGUCUGCUUAGGUUAUUUUAGCUGCAUUUAAAAGUCGUAUAUAAUCAGAUUGACUGAAUUUCGAUAACAAUGAUCUGACAACUAUGUCAGUUCUUGCACUAUUCUAACUGCUACUUUUUUCGCUUUUCUUGUCUUAAGCAAAAAAUUUAAUCUAUAGCUAAAUUUCCGGAACUCUUUUCCUAUUCAUUUUGUACUCUACAAGGUCAUAUCGAGAAAAAAAAGCUCUGGCGCCAAAAAAAAAAAUAGAUAAUUAACAAGGACACUAAAUUUUCAGACGGUGAGCAUAAGGGCAUCAAGAGAUCGGCCACAUGAAUUCAUGCACGUACUCAGAUAAAACCAAGUGACUGUUAACAUACUGUAUAACGUUUCUCAAUUAAUAUUUGGCGUGGAAAUACCAACACGUUCUAGUCUUUUACAGUUCAGUCAAUGUAGACAGUCUAAGCAAAAUUCCUUUGUCAUUACCGGGUGGUUAACGGUACCAUUUGUUUAAUCCAUGUAUUAAUACAGUUUGUGCUACAACCUGAUUACGACAGGAAACAACCUUACUGAAAAGAUAUACAUGUAGAUCAUAGAUAAUUAUCUGAUAAGAUCCUCAUAUAAGACUUCAUGGUUCCAUAGAAAUGUUUUGUUUAACUUGUGAGGAGUUUUCGCAUUAAGGAUCCCACUUUCGCUAGUUCAGUGUCACAUGAAAAAUUUUUCUCAGUGGUAUUAACGUACUCAAGGGGGAUCAGUUUUCGAAACCCGCGGAAGAGUCAAAAAGGAUACUUCAUUUUAUUCAGAGGCACCCGCGCCGCAAUGUUCAAAAACGAAUGGUUUACGUUGCCGCCGGUUUGAAGGAAAAGAGACUGAAGGGAAUGUUGCCAAAACGUGACUAGACUUGAAAGAAAUAUUAUCUUUUCAACACUUUUUUCAAUUGAAUCUCUCAGUUCUCUCUCCAUAUCAUAGACAUUGUAAUUAAGUUUCCUAGAAACAAAGGAGGGCGUGAAAAUUGGCAGAAAGAAAAGAAAUUCUAAAUAGCUAUUUUUUUUUAAGUCGUUUUAACUAAAUGGUUCUUUUCUUUUAACAGUGCAAGGGUGACACAGUUUAUAGUAUAGUAACUACAGUAGUACUUUCUCUCAGAGAAUGGUUCAAUCUUUUAUUAAACUUAACUUUGACAUUUCACAUGUUAGUUUCUAACUACUUUAGCAAUUUACUCUUUGGCAGCAUUGUUUGAACGGCAUAUGUUUACACAGUUCCAAUAAUCUCAUUUUCAUUCAUCUAACUACAUCCGGUAAGGAAAAUGAUGACGAUAGUUGAUCAUAUUAAAGAUUAAACAAAGUAGGUGGUGAUUUGUCACUUUUAAGUGCAUUCCGUUUGGCUUUUCCUUUCCUUGGUGGUUUGGUCCUAGCCUUUUCAAUUCUCCUAACCAGGCAAUAUCACUGUAACUCAUUUAUUCAGCCGGCUUUCUUUGUCAAUACACCCCAUUGUUUACCUGUCAUUACUACUUCGCGGAUUAUCUGUUCAGUACUUCGCGCAUGCACAGUUAUCAAGGAUUAACACCUUGUUGCUUUGCCCCCAGGAAAUAUUUCCCUUGCACGAUAUGACUUUCGGCUACGGCUUCAUGAGUUAUCAUGCUUCACUGGUUUUGCUUGUCGUUGUAACCGGCUUUUGUGGCGAAAUAGUAUAUACAAACAUCGAUGACCUGACCACUACUGCGUCACAACUAAUGUCCUUCAGUAGUCCUUGCAAAAGUUGUAUAUGUUUUCAUUAUUGAGAAGAGCUGUAAGUUUCGUGACCUUGUGAAAUUUUCCUCAUGGAUAUCCGUAAAGUCGAAAUGGAAACAUUCCAUGUGUAAUUGUAUAAACUGGAAGCUUUCGGAUAUGGGCUCUUCCUAUCCACAACAAACAAAUAAACCUCAAAAAAAACCUCAAAGGAAAUGCCGGGCAAAGUAACGACCACAGUAAAUAAAUAUAACGUAACUCGCAUACCGGUUGUUUUAUUUAGUGACUUACGAAAAUUGCUCACAGCUUGCCUCUGUGCCGUGUCAGGCCGGAUUUGUUACCGUUUUUUUUAAGAUUGUCUCACAGAUAGAGAGAGGAAAAAUGGAUCACCAUUAUAUAACGCUGAUUUAACUGAAGAUUGCUCGAAAAUGUUCCAUGUACAGUCAACUCUCUCCCUUGGGACCGGCACUUUGUGUCCUUCUUAGAUAGAUGUCCAUCUUAUAGCGAGUCAACUAAAAGGAGUAGAUAAAAACAGUGACCAAUUUUAGGUGUCCAUUUGUGCGAGGUGUCUUUUGGAGGUGUCCGUCAAUAGAGAAUUGACUGUAUAACACAGGGGUACAUUUCUAAACGCGUAAUCAGUCAAGAUAUGAGAUUCUCAAACUCAUUAAUAAUUCAUUAAGAAAAUACAAAGGAAAUUAAUGUUUAAUGAGUGUUUGGAAAUCGGAUGAAACACUGCUUAGUAUUUGCAUCCUUAAUUUCUCCUUCAAAAAUGAUUUUGUUUGAGAAGAAAUAUCAAACAUUCGACACAGUGUUUCAUCACCAGAUGAAACACUUCCAAGUUCGUCAAAAAUACUCCGCUGCGCGUCGUUUUUUCAACUCUCUUCUCGGUGUUUCAUCUGGUGAUGAAACACUGCAUCUCAUGUUUGAUAUAUUACAUGAACUACGGGGUCAUAUCCCCAGGAUCAUGUUCCAGUUAAAUUGUGUUGUGUUGUAUUUACCGGCGUUUUAAGAUUGCGUUACUCUGAAUGGUAAAAGAGACCGCAGCUUAACUCCGUUUCGGCAAAGGGCGAUUUGCAACGGAACAAAAAAAUGAAUGUUUUUCGAACAAAAUAGACCGGUAUACUAGAUAAUACUGAGUCGGUAUGUAACGAAGAGAAGGGAAACCUUAUUAGCCAAUGUUUCAAAAAGAUUCUUUCCAGCACCUUUAAGCAAGAAUUCUGCUUAUUUUGGUUUGAUUUAAAAUGGUGAUUGUUUAAGUUCUAGAAAUCGAUACUAUUUUUGCUUGAAAAGAAUAAUUUUUGUCCUGUAUUUAAAGGUCAGGAGUAGUAAGUCCUACUCUAAAGCUAUACCCUGAGGUAUUUGUUCGUGUCUGGAAUUUAGUACCUUUCUAGCAUACCCGGGGGGGUACUGCCAUAUAUGGGCUAUAUAGGUAUGUGCCGCUGUGAAGGGUAUGGUUUUCAAGCAGUUUACUCUAGGAUAGGGUAUAUAAAUCAGAGCGUUUAGGUCUAGAAUAGGGUAUCAUUUUUCAGGAAACUGAUCAGUUGGUUGAAGAUUUUGUCUACACUAGGUACACAGCUACUCUAGGAUAGGGGGAUUUGGGGAGUUUACUCUAGUAUAGGGUAGCAAAAUUCAACUGAACUAGCUCUGGUAAAGGUUAAGGGUUCCAGGCUCCCAGCGGCACAUCCCCACCCAGAAAUUCCUAAAGAGCAUACCACAUAGAAUAGCUGAUGCCGUUAGUAAAGUCACCCUCUUCUUUUGUGACGUAUCUUCGAGAGAACGGGGUAUUACUUUUCUAUGCCAUGAGAUUCUGAGCCGUGUACCGCUUUCCAAACCAGGUUACAAAGAACUUAAUUUUACAUAAAUAAUUGAUCUAAUCUCCGCCUCUCGUUAGUCGGGCAAUCCUAGGGACCACGUUUCGCUAUGGCUUCUCCUGAAAGACAUCCUCUACCAUUGUAUUUAUAUCCUCUUUUUUUGUUGUUGUUUGUUUUAGUCCAUUAAAAAGGCAAAAAAGAAAAGUAGAAGUCGCCCGAAACAUUGUGGAGCCAAGGGCCAUCCGUGCGAGCCUGGAUCAAGAAAGGUAAAUGCCUCUACGGAUUGCUAAAAGAACGUAUGAAUGGAUUACCUCAAUUACUGAAAGGCUGGAUAUUUAUCUUCAGUGUAAUUAUCAAAGUGGGUCACCUGCCAUCUUCUACAUUAUUAUAGCGCAAUGGUUUUGAAUUAUUGUUUUCUGUACUCUAUCCGUUCACAAAGCAGCCGGAGAACAUUUGAAACCCCCUGGAAAUUAUAAUCCUUAAGAAGUGAGGCCUUGCAUCUUAGUCUCUGCUAUGAAAAAGUGUGCUUUAUUAGGUCGUGAAUGAGGAUCAGUUUGGAAGCUCGCGUGCCAUAUAAUCGAAAAACGUUCACAGUUACCUCGUUUUUCUUACAGUUGUGUUCAAAAAGCUUCAUAUUGUGAUUAGAACUUAAGAGGGUAGAGUUUGAAUGGACAUGAGAGGCGCUGGGGAGACCCCCGACACGCGUUCCAAAGAAGAUGACAACUAGACUGUUCACAGUCCCCAUUUUUCCGUGAGAUCAUCGAGAUCGAGCGCAUCUUACCUUUAAUGGCGGCCAUCUUGAUUUUCAAAUGUACCGAGACAGGUUAGACUCAAAAUGGCUGCCAUAAACGGUGAGACGCGCUCGAUCUCGACGAUCUCACGGAAAAAACAGAGGACUGUGAACAGUGUAGAUGACAACCGUUAUGUCAGAGUACAACCCGGAGAGGGUUACUCAACAAAGUUUCGUACGGGGAGGCUCCGCCCCGCGGUCCAAUCCCUUAUCCUUUUGUAUACAGUUGUCAACAGUAAAGGUACCCCUCUUGUAUACCUUCCAUUGACAAAUGGUACCCCUUUUACAUACCUAGCGUAGAACUUUACAUCCCUUUUCAAUACUGGAAAAUGCACUGUCUUUUAUGAAUAAAUCACAAAAUCAGGAAAUGUCCUCGACUUUUUCAAAGCCAUAAAUUCUCCUGUUAGCCAUUUUAGGUCUUUUAAAAGACUUAAAUGACAGAUGUCCCUACCCUUUUAUAUACUCCAACUAGCGAGAUCCCUACCCUUUCAUAUACCUGAACCCUGAAAAGGUACUCCUUUCGGGCGGAGCCUCCCCGUAUAGGACAUUGUAGGGAGUACCUCCCCUCCCCCGGCCGGUAUUUCAGAAUAACACCCUGAUAACAACCUUGUUAGCUUUGGGAGAAUAAGAGUUUAUUUGCCUAAACAAUAACGGUUUAUUUUUUUUUCUUGUCCAUAGUUAUGCUGUGCCGAAGGAUACACCUGCAAAGUAAUAAAAACUGUGAUCAACCUGACGAAACAUCAAGAGAAAAUCACGAAGAUAGGAGUCUGUAGACCUGUUCCUCCAGCUGGGAGCGGUGAAAGAGAAGUCGAAGAGCAUCGCCCUACUGUGAAAGUCAAAACCCCUUCAAAGAUUCCUCAUCCAAGUCAGUCACUUCGGCUUUGAGGACAACUCGUCUGUGAUAAUCUUGAUCUUGUUUUGGAAAGAUUCAUAGACCACCUCGACGAACCGCAAGGAGUGAUAUGAAAAGCUGGGCACAUUGGACAUGGCAAAGGAUCGGUUGUAUGAUAAGAGACUUGCUUAGGCAAGAACAAUAAUCUUGACAAGUGCCUAAAUUAUAAAUGAAACAUACCAGGCGUUGUCGACCUCUAUCGGCAUUAUUUAUGUUUUAGGAAUUAUAUUUAUAAUUUUUAGUAAGCGGCUAAGAUAAUACCUGAAACAUUUUCCUAAGACAGUGUUUGCGAGAAUAUACACUCUGCUGGUUGUGACGCCAAGAAACAAAUAAUCAUAAAACAAACCAAUCAUCGCAACGAAAUGAAAUGAAAAAGGAUUUUACUGGGCGAGACUAGCAACAAAAGAUUAGGGGUUUUGUUUUUCUUGGCUUUUAACUUAGCCUACCUGUGGUAAGGCAAUCCAUUUAUUUAAGCUAUUAGUUAUAUGGUACAAAGAUUCUUUCGACUUAACAUUACAUACAUUAGCUGGUUACACGAGGAGGUUAUUAUGGGCCAGCAUUUCACACCUGUCCUUUUAGCGAUGAAGCUCGUCCUCCUCUUGUCGCCGGACGAUCCUCUACCAUUUUGUUGAGAGUUUGUUAGUGUUUCGCUACCUUAUCAGUUGUCGUUUUUUAUCGCUUUGUCUAAGCUACGUUAGUAGCUGGGACAACAACAAACGAAUCUGCUAAGGCCCAGGAAACGUUUAAUCUCAGUUGGUUAGACAAAAAAAAGCAAAAAGCAACCAGCAGGAACCGGUAAUUCUUGUUUGAUGGGAGUUUAUAAAUUCCGCCGAAAAAAACAGGUUUCCACUAAUAAGCCAUGCGGAAAACACCACCACAGUUGGUGUCAGUGAAAUUUUCUAAUAGAUUCUAUUUAACGAACACACAGUACGGUUUCAUUAAAAAAGUGAACUAUUCGAAGCAGCGAAUGACACCCAACAAAACAGUGAAAAGUUCGCUCAAAAACUCAGUAGUUAAAAGUGUUUCUUCAGUAACUUAGUUAAAAUGCUAGUCUAGACUUUCAUCAAGUUCUGACUGCAUUUUAUGUUUUAAAUAGGCUUGUUGAAUUGAACGUUCUGUGACACAACUUUAGUUUUACUGUGAGUGCAGUUUAACAGGUUUUAUUUUAAAGUAACACUCAAGUGAAUCUUAUUUAUAAGAAAAUAAAUAGCCCAUAUUGGGACUGGUGUGUUUUAUACGAGGAAAAUUACAGAUCAGACGCGGUUAUGAGAUGGUUAAAAUGCGCGGGCUUCCGUAUUUAGUAAGUGUUAUCGUGAUAUAUGUUAUUUUUGAAAUAUUAAAGAAUUAC